AUGUGCUACAUCAGUAGAAAAAUCUACACGGUGUGCGCGCAUAGCAGUCUUGGAGAACUGAUCGAAUGCAGGGUCCACAAAGACAAGAGGGCGAAAUGGCCCAUUGUAUAUACCGGACUCUGCGUUGCACGUGGUCUCAGCUUCUGGCGCUGCCGGUCCCGGUCUGAAGCGACCGAGAUCGUGUACGGUUUCUGCCCCAACUGCCGCGACUUCUACCGGGGCUUCAACACGAGAGAUGUGAGUGCCAUCUUGAACUAUUGGGCCUUCAAGAAUAGACACGGCUACUCGACCUGUGUCCCUGCGAACAUGAUUUCUGCUGACGAAGUCUUUGGACAGCCACCACCUCUUGAAGAGAGCCUCAAGCAGCCUCGAUGCGAAUUGAUUGCGCUUGGCAACCAGCUGCCACCCAAUCUGAAGCUCUUGGAUUCUCCCGUAGAUUGGCUACGGAGACUGGAGGGAAUUAGGAAAUCGACUCUGGAAUGGGCCGAGCAAGGUCCGCGCCGGAAAAUGCCAAUCUAUUGGGCAGCUAACGUCAAGGUCCGUGGUGGAUGCGACAGCACGCUCUGUAUCCAGCCAAGGAUUAACUCGCCAAUGUCAGUGUACCCACAUCCAUCGGCUCCCAGCUCUCUGCAGUGUCAUGGAGAGACAUAUAGAAAGCUGUGCGGAGAAGACUUCUCGCUAUCCUCCACUCUGUGGAUGAAUGGGACGGCCGAAGGAAGCGAUAAUGAGCUCGUUUUUGACAUGGAACUCGAAACUGAUACACCCGCAACAACGCCCGAGGCAUAUCCUCAGGCAAAUCCUGGUAUAGCGGCCGAGCCAAACCUCACGAGCCGCUUCUCGCUGGAUUCCGAUUCCACUUCGGACUCUGAUGAAUCUGACCUUGACUUUCUGAAAGAACCCUGGUCUGACUCUGAAGAGUUGCCCAACACCGCCGAUGACGGCUUUGCAAUCCCCAGUUCUUGGACGGGCACAGGGUUUGCCUACGGAUCGUCUGGCAUUGUGGGCUUCUUCUCCAUCGGGGAUUCAGAUGACGAAUCCGAAGGAGACAAAGGAGAUGAAGAGUACGAGCUAAGAAUAGGCCACUGA